AUUAUCUCGUAAUAAUUAAAAAUAAAAAUGAACUCUCACUCGAUUCCUUCUGGCCCUUUCUUUAUUGUUUCUAAGUUUAACAGACGUGUCCUUGACGUUGAAGGUGCUUCUGUAAAAGACAAAGCAAAAAUCUGUGUUUGGAAACAAAAGGAUAAUAGCGAUAACGAAAAUCAAUUAUGGGAAUAUAGAAAUGGCAAUUUUGUCAAUCUUCAUAGUGGCAAAGUCCUUGACAUUAAAGGUGACAAAGUCAAGUCUGAUGUUAAACUUAUUCAAAAUGAAAAGGCCACAUCUGAUGAAAAGGAAGUUGAAAAGCAACGUUGGAUGAUUGAUUAUGAAGGUUAUAUCCAUAAUGCUGCUGAUCCUAACUUGGUCGUUGAUAUUCGUGGAGCUGAAGAUGAAGAUGGUGCCGAAGUUAUCUUGUAUGAAAAGCGUAGUGGUGCUGUUGCUGCUAAUCAACAAUGGGAACUUGUUCCUCGUCGUUAAAAAUUUAUAUUAUCUAUUGUAAAUAAAUGCAUAUACUUUUAUGAAAAGUUAUUUUCGAGCUUCUUAAAAAGGCUGUAGUCUAGAUCAGAGACGUCCUUAGAAAAAAAAAACUAGAAAACUAAAUGUACAGCAUAAAGGAUGUUGUAAAAUAUAAGGACAUAUAUAAACGAAGGUUAAAUAUAAAACAUGAUUAAAUCAUUAAUAAUAA